AUUACUCUUAUUGAUCUAUAUGUGCUUAUAUUGGAUUAUUUGAACUGUUCUUGAAGCUUCAAUGAGCAUAAACUUGAAGAAUUUUUUGAAUCACUAGGGCUGUUUACUCCAAGUAAAUAAAUCAUAGAGGUUUGGAUAUCAGUGAUGAUUGUCAUAAGGUCAUAAAUGAAAUAAAAAUGUAAAGUUUCAUUUUAAACAACUUGUUUACUAGUAAAUGUAAUACUAUAUUCCCUAUACUAUAAAAUAGUAAAGCGUCUUAGAAUCUUAAAGAGAAGAAAUUAUAAUAAUAAAUGUUUUAAUAUCAUACAAAGUCAUUAUGUAUUGAUAAAGUUAACAACUUGGAGGCUAAAUAUUUGGGUGUUAUUUGGUAAAUGCCUCUGAGGGCCCUCAUUAAAAAUGAUAUGCCCAUGUUAUUUAUAUUUUUGAGUUGUCACAAGACUCCUAAAUGUAAAUGUGUUUAAUCUACAAAACUGUAUUCAACAUAGUUUCUAGUUUAUAUAACCCUGGAACUACCGCCGUUAAAAUGUGAAUUCUUUAUUCAAGUAUAGCGGGACUGCAAAAGUGGGCUUUACACUGGUAACUUAUUUGCUGUAGCUGAAUGGCAGGAGCAUUAUUAAGCAAUAGAGCACAAGAGGGAGUGUGUGUGAUGGCAAAAACAUCACAGCUGCUGGUCAUGGGCUGCACAAGCUGAAGACGAAAGAACAGUUUUGCAUUCUCAUAGAAAUGGAAACAAAAUUUAUAAAGUCAAGUAAAAUCUAUUUACUAGUCAAAAAACUUAAACAACAAAAACAUACAUGUUGUUUACAGUAAAUAUGCUACAAGAAAGUUUCAAAUAUAAAGUAUUCAACUAAGCUGUAUAAUUUUGUAUCAUGUUUUGUCCACCAACCAGAGAGAAAAAAUAGGAUCUUUUUAAAUUGUCAUCUUUAUCCUUGUACAGCACUGUGUAAAAGCACCUAACCAGUUUGUUUAAACAUUUAUCUGGGCAUUAAGUGAGUGUUUGCCAGUAAACACCAGAUAACGUUAGAAUAAAAUUAAACAAUAAAAAAUUGUAUUAAGACGUUACAAGAAAAAAAUCUUGUGAGCUACUUCAAAUAACUCAGGUUUUGUUUCUUCUGCUCUCCAGCCAUUGCAUAGAUUUGUUUCAGUUCCAUCAACAUUACUUGCAUUAAUUUAAUGGAUUCUAUCGUGUCUCUAUCCUAUUUAUCAGUUGUUUUGCAAUUCUCUAUUGUUCUGCAAUUCUUUGUCCUAUCUAUUGUUCCGCAGUUGUGUACAUAUCUAUCUCUAUCUAUCUGUUGUUCUGCCGUUCUCUAUCUAUCUGUUUGUAGCAAGGCAUGUGUUACCCCAGGCUCAAGGAGGACGCUGGAGGCAGGAUUCCUGCUCUUUUUAAAGGUGCUCACCAGAGCCGAGAGGGAACGAGUACCUAGCUAGCUGGCAGCUCAGCUCGUCGGAGCUCGGGACUCACUCCUUGCUCUGGUGUCUCUCAUGGCUGGCACCAGCGUCCUCGUCGUCCUCCCGCCAUCACUCUUGUGCCUCGCGUCCGUCGGUGGAGCUCGGGCUUUGCGCUCUGCCCCCUCCACACUCGCGGCUCUCUCCCCGGUGUCCUUGCUGAGGUUCGUCGCCGCUGAGCGUUUGGGCCCCGCCUUCCUCUCGGCCGUCGUCGCCGGGGCCUGCCGCACUAUUGUUCUGCGAUUUUCUGUCUGUCUGUCUAUCCUACAGCCAGCCAAAACGAUUGUGAUAACCGCAAGCUAUUGCUGUGGCUGAGCUUCAGAAUGGUUUUAAGCAAGCUAACAGUAGGACCUUUCUCCUUUGUCCUAUGUGCAAGAAGACUAAUUGGAGCAUUCCAGUUCCUCUCAGGUGAUCAUGCAUGAAGAAUUCCUCAGAAGCUGACAUUCUGGCUGUGGUGGAAUCUGCCAAGAGAGCUGCCAGCAAUUUGAUGCGUACUGGCCGUGUCUGGGAAUACUCUCUCCUCAGCAGGAUCAUGAAGAGCCCUGACCCUAUUGGCAGGAUGAUCGAGGAGCUGCAGAGCAGAGGAAAUGCUGUGGUUGGCAUCCCAACUAAAGAACCAGCUCCUGCUGUUCCAGCUGUUCCAGAUACUAAAUAUGUGCAUAUAUCUGGGGGUUACACAUUGAGAAACUGGGUACUUCAACCAUGGGGUCGCUCCUCCCGGAUUCUCAAUCCAACUUGACAUUUUGACCUAAAAUCUAUCAGCAUGUGAGUAUGGUACAGGAUUCAUAAAGAUUUAACAGGGGUUGCCAUUCUAACCAAUUUAGGCUGAACAAAUUCUGAACCUGGCAAAGACUGGCUAAUUUGACCUAAAAUCUCUCAGCCUGUGAGUAUUCUUACAUAUUUGGAAAAUAUUCAUCACAAGCUUUCCAAAGUUACUAAAUAUGUGUAUAUAUCUGGGUGUUACACAUUGAGAAGCUGGGAACACCCAUCCUGGGGUUGCUCCUCCCUCUUGUCACCUCAUUGGCCCCACUGGACCACAGCCAUCAUCCAACCAGGUGAUAGCCCAGUCAAGUGGGGGGCGUGUACUUUUUGUUUACAGUAGCAUAUAAGCAGCUGGUUUGAGCUUCCCAAACCACCUCUGAUCCUUGUCUUGCCAAGAUCAGCGACCUACUUGACCUUCUUGACCUUCUCUGCUCCAGUGACCAGCAAUCUUCUCGACUGAGAUGGCUUCUUCUGCUGCUUCUUCUUCUGCUGCUGCUUCUGCUGAGCAACCUCGCAGUAGGAACUUUCUCCUGUGUCCUAUUUGCAAGAAGACUCAUUGGAGCCUUCCAGUUCACCUCAGACGAUCCUGCAUGAGGACCUCGUCAGAAGCUGACAUUCUGGCUGUGGUGGAAUCUGCCAAGAGAGCUGUCAGCAAUCUGUUGCGCACUGGUCGUGUCUGGGAGUACUCUCUCCUCAGCAGGAUCAUGCAGAGCCCUGAUACUAUUGGCAGGAUGAUCGAGGAGCUGGAGAGCAGAGGAAACGCUGUGGUUGGCAUCCCAACUGAAGCCCCGACUGCUGCUGUUCCAGCUGUUCCUGAUGUUCCUGUCGAGGCUCCGGCUGAGUCCAGCUCAGAAAGCUCUGGGGAACUCUAUCAGUGCCCUGAUACAACCAAGCAGGGAACUUCCCUUAGGGAGAGGAUGGCAAGUUUGGGCUACUACAAGAAGCACUCGCUAGACCAUGAUCUCCUUGUCAGCUUCGCAAAGUUUCUACAGUUUGACAUGUCGAACGAAAACUUCAAACAGGAGGUGGAGAAUGUUGCAAGGUUCCUGUACUUCAUGGACCCUCAGCAGGCCAGUCUCCUGUUUGUGCGACAGCAUGAGAAGUCCCGAGAGUAUUUCCUCAAGCUCUCAGAGGCCGGACUCAGCAAGCAGACGGUACAGAAUUACAUCAAGAGUGUUAAAAGGUUCUUGAAGUUCCACACGGGCAGCACUGACCUGUGCUUCACGGACAGAGUUCUGCACGAGGACUGCAAGAACUACAUCUCAUUCCUGGACAACAUCCAGAUGGCAACUUCAAAACAAGUCAGCAAGGAGACGACCAGGAAGAGAUUCGACACCUUCCAGGAGGGUGUUCUCUCUUCAACGCAGGUCACUGCCGUGCUGGCCGCUGCCAAGAAAGACUUCCUGGCUGUCAUUGGGAAGCUGCAUGCGGGAGAGUGCUCUCCAGGCCAUCAGCUGACCCUGACAGAGUUGCAGCUGGUCCUCUAUUACCUAGAGGCCAUUGUGAUUCUGGAGCAUGCCCAGCGGCCUGGAGUUGUUGAGCACAUGACUGUCACGGAAUGGAUCAGCCGAAGGAGAGAUGACACUCGUCCUGGUUUCGUUGUGGUUUCCACUCAGGUGGCCACCUUUGUUCUUACCCAGGAACAGGAGAUGUGGUUCGAUCUCUACUUCUCGGAGGUGCGCCCAGUCAUGCUGGGAAAAAAGAGGAAGCGCGUUGAGGAUGACGAUGAGACUGAUGAGAGGUUCUUCAUUUCCUCCACUGGCAAAGCCAUCUACAACGCCUCCAAUGACCUGGAGCGGCUGCACAAGAAAUAUCAGGUGCCGAAGGUGACCAGCCAGAUGGCCAGACGGGCAUAUGAGACAGCAACGAAGGAGCUGUCCGAUGUCCAAAAGACGAAGGUGGCCGGCUACCUCACCCACUCUACGGCCACAGCAGAGAAGCACUACCGGAUGAAGGAGAUAGGCUCAGCGGUAGAUGCUUUCCUGAUCCUGAGGAAUCUCCGGGGUGAUUCAGAUAGUGACCAGAGCGACACACCCAGGGGUUCCUCGGCAUACCUGACCGACCAAGCUGCUUAUGACAAGUUGCUCCGGUCAUAUCCAGUGACGUUGGACGGGGUGCCACCCAACCGCUCUCAGCGAAAAUCCCUGGCAGGGGAGUAUGAACGCUACUGCUAUGACCGCUGGCGUAGCGAACAGCUCGAGCGUCGGGUGCAGCAUGUUCUUGAGCACUUUGCCCGUAGACUGCCCUCUGAGUCCAGAGUCAAGGCCUGGAUUGAGAAGCAAGGGUGGUCUGCAAACCUUCCAGAUGCUGCAUCCAUCGUUCAGCAGUGGAAGCCAUCUGGGGGCAUCGAUGUUGCAAUGGACAGUGUUGUGCUGCAGAAGUUUACAAAAUGUAAAAUAGCUGUAAAAUGACUGUAUUUGCAUUGUACUCAUCCCAACUUCUGGUUCCUGUCACCACCACUGUGUCUGGGGGCUAAGGACACACUAACAUGGUGAUGUGACAGACAUAUAUCUUGGGCUGGUUUAAGCUUCUGAAGGGCGGGUUUUAGACUGACUUUGGGCUGGAUAUUUUUCUAGGACCUGGCAACCCUGCUGAGCGGAGCUGCGUUGUUCAGAGGCUUCACGAAGCUGGGAACGUUGUCGAAUUCAUACCAGAAUAAAUGAAAGGCAACACAGCAGCUAUUCUCCGUUUGGCUGCCCCAAAAUCAUGUGACCUCAUAGAAAUGAGGGUUUAAAGAUAAAGAUUUGGUACGCUCUGUCUUUUUCAGAAUAUCUAUCUUUCUGCUCCUUUUUAUUCAACUUAAUGCCGUCAUUUUAUCAUUCAUUUAGACCUAUAAAAUCUACUGCAGCUGGAGGUUCGGGCUUCCCUGUGUUGAAGCGCUACUACUGGGCUGCUGAUGCUAGAAUUCUUACCUGCUGGCAGAGUUUGCUGAAUGCAUCCUGAGAGAUGAGGCUGUUUCCUUUAUCUCAAGUGUGUGGAGGACAUAAGAAGGGAAAUAGCCGCUUUGCUCCUUCAGAUAACUGAUUUCUACAUGUUCCUGUUAAUUGAAUUCCUGGGCACCAAAACAGUGGCACUGGUGCCCAAAAGCUGGGGAAAGCAUGAUGUCAGAAUUCUUAAAUCAUGCAAUAAGCUAUUCCAAGUAAGUAUUUUUCGUUAAAACUGAGGCUGGCUUUACACUUGGAAAGUUUCACACAACUAGAUGUAGGUCGCAAGUUGCAUUAAGCAUAAUUUCUAUGCAACUUGACAGUUACUCACUCAGUCAGUCACUCAUCAUCUAAGCUGCUUAUUCUUCAGGGUUGUGGUGAAGUUGGCAGUUACACAAACCCAAAUAAAAUACACCAGUACACUGAAGUAUUUUACUAGUUGCCAAGAUUAGUAGCUACUUAGUUUUCUCGCUAAUUAAAAUUCCAUGCAACAUGUUGCUUACCUUUGUAUCUUCAGUUGUAUUGCCUUGCAUCAUUUUUUUUUCCAAGUAUCACUGUUAUAUUUAAAGUAUGAGAGCAGUCCUUAUAUGUUGCAUAUUCUAGAUUAUACCAGCCAAAACGAUUGUGAUAACCGCAAGCUAUUGCUGUGGCUGAGUUUCAGAAUGGUUUUAAGUGAGUUGUGUGAGGCUUUACAUUUAUUUACAACACAAGAGGGGGAGUGUGUGUGAUGGCAAAAACAUCACAGCUGCUGGUCAUGGGCUGCACAAGCUGAAGACGAAAGAACAGUUUUGCAUUCUCAUAGAAAUGGAAACAAAAUUUAUAAAGUCAAGUAAAAUCUAUUUACUAGUCAAAAAACUUAAACAACAAAAACAUACAUGUUGUUUACAGUAAAUAUGCUACAAGAAAGUUUCAAAUAUAAAGUAUUCAACUAAGCUGUAUAAUUUUGUAUCAUGUUUUGUCCACCAACCAGAGAGAAAAAAUAGGAUCUUUUUAAAUUGUCAUCUUUAUCCUUGUACAGCACUGUGUAAAAGCACCUAACCAGUUUGUUUAAACAUUUAUCUGGGCAUUAAGUGAGUGUUUGCCAGUAAACACCAGAUAACGUUAGAAUAAAAUUAAACAAUAAAAAAUUGUAUUAAGACGUUACAAGAAAAAAAUCUUGUGAGCUACUUCAAAUAACUCAGGUUUUGUUUCUUCUGCUCUCCAGCCAUUGCAUAGAUUUGUUUCAGUUCCAUCAACAUUACUUGCAUUAAUUUAAUGGAUUCUAUCGUGUCUCUAUCCUAUUUAUCAGUUGUUUUGCAAUUCUCUAUUGUUCUGCAAUUCUUUGUCCUAUCUAUUGUUCCGCAGUUGUGUACAUAUCUAUCUCUAUCUAUCUGUUGUUCUGCCGUUCUCUAUCUAUCUGUUUGUAGCAAGGCAUGUGUUACCCCAGGCUCAAGGAGGACGCUGGAGGCAGGAUUCCUGGUAGUAGCAGCCAUUUCUUUAUUUCCACACAAAAUAAACAACGGAAACACAACCAACACUAAGCUGGCCACUUUUCAGUGGCUCAAGCUGGCUAGACUUUUGAGUCUAUUCCUUGAGCUUUUCAGCUCUCCACACUGUCUCCUACUGCUGCUUGUCCCUCUCUCUCUCUCUCUCUCUCUCGCUCUGUUCCAUCUCAGCUCUUUUUAAAGGUGCUCACCAGAGCCGAGAGGGAACGAGUACCUAGCUAGCUGGCAGCUCAGCUCGGGGGAGCUCGGGACUCACUCCUUGCUCUGGUGUCUCUCAUGGCUGGCACCAGCGUCCUCGUCGUCCUCCCGCCAUCACUCUUGUGCCUCGCGUCCGUCGGUGGAGCUCGGGCUUUGCGCUCUGCCCCCUCCACACUCGCGGCUCUCUCCCCGGUGUCCUUGCUGAGGUUCGUCGCCGCUGAGCGUUUGGGCCCCGCCUUCCUCUCGGCCGUCGUCGCCGGGGCCUGCCGCACUAUUGUUCUGCGAUUUUUUUGUCUGUCUGUCUGUCUAUCCUACAGCCAGCCAAAACGAUUGUGAUAACCGCAAGCUAUUGCUGUGGCUGAGCUUCAGAAUGGUUUUAAGUGAGUUGUGUGAGGCUUUACAUUAUGCAACACAAGUGUCACAAGUUUUGUUUAAGUUUCAACCAAUCAAAUCCUUUUGAAAAUUUCAUUGUAUAAAUCCAGCCUAGCGAAAAUGCAAUUGAUUUAGGGGGCGGUAGCUUUCCAAGAGUAGUAUGCACUCACAGAAACACAAAUGUUGUUCACAUGAAUGCCAUUCAGCAAAUAUACUUUUAGCAAAAAUAUCCCUUUAUUAUUUAACGUUUGAUAGCUUAUUUUAUUUAUUAAUCAAUCAUUAACGAAUAAUUCAUCCUGCCCCUCUAAUUUGUUUGUGUUUGAUCUAAAGCUAUCUGAUUUAAAGCCAAACUGUACCCCCCCCCAGAUCGGUAUUUAGAAGCAAGACAGCAGCUAAGAAAACCCCUGACUCAAGAGGAGGAGAUUAGAGGCAGGAGAAAACAUAAACCAGUGUUUGAAUGUUCCUAUUUACCAGUUGUAUGAUAUUGCUCUUCAUUCAGUAGAAGCAGUUAUUGUAUUAAUAAGAGAUUAUUCAGAUCAACAUUUAUAUUUAAUAGAUUUCUUUAAUAUUCUUCUCCCACACUGUCAUUUUUAUUUAUUUAUUCAUUUUUGGAGACACGGACAAUGACAGC